CUCUCUUGCCUCUUUUCAUGGUAGACCCAACUCUCUCUCUCUCUCUUUAGCAGUCUCUUUUCCCUCUUCUCUAUCUAUCCCCAUUUCCAUGGAAGCAAGGAGAUGUGUUCAUCUCUCUCUACCUCUCUCUACAGCGUUACAUGAACAGUGACUGCUCUCUUACCUUCCUUUUUUUCUUGCCUUGCUCAUUUUCUUCUGGAAAAAGGGUAUCUCGUGAUCUUUAUUGCUCAAAAAUCGUAACUUUCAGAUCACUCGUUGAUGGAAUCCGUGGCAGUAUUGAUUAGCAGAGUCAAGAAAAGUUCCUUAAUAAAUCUCAGGGAAGAAAGAAGAGAUUUCUAAGAAUCACAAAUCAAGCUUGCUCUGAUUAGUUUUUUUCCUCCAUGGCCUCCAAAACUCCAGAUGGAUCACUUACCAAUUCGAGUCAAAGUAUGUCAAUCAACACUUUAGCAGAUCAAGUAUCUUCGAGUCUGUCUUUCGCCGAUCCAAGUAGUGACAGCAAAACCGGUAAUCAUAAGAUAAGCGAGCAAGGUGAGAGCGGAAAGAGUAGCACGUGUAGACCGAGCACAAGCAGUGAUAUAAGCGAUGAGAGCACUUGCAGUAGCUUUAGUAGCAGCAUCAACAAACCUCACAAGGCCAACGAUGUGAGAUGGGAAGCGAUUCAAGCUGUUAGAACGAAACAUGGCGGUUUGGGUUUGAACCAUUUUAGGCUCUUGAAGAGGUUAGGAUGUGGGGAUAUCGGAACUGUUCAUCUCGCUGAGUUGAAUGGAACAAGGUGCUAUUUUGCGAUGAAGGUGAUGGACAAAACCGCUUUGGCUAGCCGGAAAAAGCUUCUUCGGGCUCAAACCGAAAGAGAGAUCCUGCAGUGUCUUGAUCACCCGUUCCUCCCGACAUUGUAUAGUCAUUUUGAAACCGAGAAGUUCUCUUGUUUGGUUAUGGAGUUUUGUCCUGGAGGUGAUUUGCAUACACUGAGACAGAGGCAGCCCGGGAAACGCUUCACUGAGCAAGCAGCAAAGUUUUAUGUUGCAGAGGUACUUCUUGCAAUGGAAUAUCUACAUAUGCUAGGGAUCAUUUACCGUGAUCUGAAACCCGAGAAUGUUCUUGUGAGAGAUGAUGGGCACGUGAUGCUUUCAGAUUUCGAUCUCUCCCUUAGAUGUACUGUUAGCCUCUCGAUAGUCAGAUCAACCAAUCUCGGAUCCGAAGGAUUGUCAAAGAAUUCGGUUUCUUGCUCGCAGCAACCCGCUUGCAUCCAGCAACCAUCUUGCAUCUCAAUGGCUCCAACAUCUUGCUUCGGUCCUCGGUUCUUCUCAUCUAAAUCCAAGAAAGACAAGAAACCGAAAACAGAUAACGGUAACCACCAAGUAACUCCAUUACCAGAACUUGUAGCAGAGCCUACAAGCGCCCGUUCGAUGUCAUUUGUUGGCACACACGAGUACUUAGCUCCAGAGAUCAUCAAAGGAGAAGGACAUGGAAGUGCGGUUGAUUGGUGGACUUUUGGGAUCUUUCUUUAUGAGUUAUUGUUCGGUAAAACACCGUUUAAAGGGUCAGGAAAUCGAGCAACGCUCUUCAAUGUCGUUGGUCAGCCUUUGAGAUUCCCGGAAUCUCCGGUUGUUAGCUUUGCAGCUAGGGAUUUGAUAAGGAGUUUGCUUGUGAAAGAGCCACAACAUAGAUUAGCUUAUAAGCGUGGAGCAACAGAGAUAAAGCAACAUCCUUUCUUUGAAGGAGUCAACUGGGCUUUGGUUCGGUGUGCCAGUCCACCCGAGAUUCCUAAACCGGUUGAUCUUGAACCUGUGAAUUAUACUCCUACUGUACCGGCUGCUGCAUCUACAAGCGUGAGAUCUGAUCAGAGCAAUUAUCUUGAGUUUGAUUUCUUCUGAAGUCUUUUUGCAAGAAACUGUUUCCCCCAUUUGAUGAUGAUUCUCUUAUUGUUUCUUUGCAAAUUCUGCAGAAUCUGUUUAGUGUUUUCGAAAAAUGUGUUUUUUUUUUCUUCUUCUUUUCACGUCUUGAACAAGUUCUGAGAUUUGUAUCAUUCUUCAAAAGUCUAAGACAGUCUCUGUACCAUCUUCUUGAGUUAAAUUUUAUUAGACACAAACCA